AUUGCAUUGAUAGCAUUUGUGAAAAGAGCUUCAUUUACAUCCACAAAUUGAAUUGAACAGACUUAAAAGGUUAGCUAGCUACCUAAAAUUAAGGAAGAAAAAAGAAGAUGAAAAAUCUCAGCUUGAAAUUAAAACUCCACCUUCCAAGUUCCUCCAACCCUUCUUGUUCCCUUUUUACUUCAAAAACCCCUCAAUUACUUAUCAAACCCACCAAAUUAGUAACAUCCUAUGGGUUCAAAAACUUGAAACACCAAACUUCUAAAAUUGAAGUAACACUUACAGAACAAACUCCAGUUACUCUCAAACACAAACCAUUGAAGAAACUUGAAGUUCUUGAAAAUAGGAAAUCAAGGAUUGUAAUAAUGGGAGUUGUUUCAUUGGGAAUUUUGUUGGUUCUGAGUGGAAUGGAUGAAGAAAAAGCAUUGGCUUUGGGACCUGAAGGACCACUUGUGGAAGAGUUUUGGGACAAUGUUAGAAGGUAUGGAUUGUAUGCACUAACUGUUAGUACAGGUGCUAUUUACACAAUCUUGCAGCCUAUUUUUGAGCUUCUCAAGAAUCCAAUUACUGCAAUUCUUAUCCUUUCUAUUUUGGGUGGUGGCUUCUACAUUGUUUCUCAAGUUAUUUCUGCUAUGGUUGGUGUUUCUGAUUUUAGUUAUGAUUAUGGAAACUAGAUUCUUUUUCUUACAUACAUACAUAGCUCCAAUUUCUUAUGAUAUCUAAGGACCCUUCAUUUUUACUAUUAUAUUAUAUUUUGCAAUUCUUAAUGUUUAAUGUUUUUGCUGUUUUUGUGAGUUUUUUUCUUUGGGUGUUCUGCUUAACUUCUUGUAACAAGGCCAUCAUGUUGCUGACUAUAAACACAGUUUGGAUACA